AUGGCACAAGUGAGCAACAAACAGAUUCUAGCUUCACGUUACAUAACCGGCAAUCCAAAACAAGCAGACAUGUAUUUGAAAAACUCUACCAUUACCUUACAACUUCCUUUAGAUGCUACUUCAGAAUCUGUGUUGGUUAAGAAUCUGGUUUUAUCUUGUGAUCCUUACAUGAGAGGAACCAAAAGAACAGACAGAAAUAGCCUCUUUAAUUCCUUCUCUCCUGAUUCACCAAUUGUUGGAUAUGGAGUAUGCAAAGUGUUGGAUUCUAAACAUCCAGAUUUCAAAAAAGGAGACUUAGUUUGGGGAAUCACCAAAUGGGAAGAGUAUAGCAUCAUUACAAAAACGGAUAGUUUUAUCAAAAUUGAGCAUACUGAUGUACCUCUUUCCUAUUAUAAUGGAUUACUUGGCAUGCCUGGUAUGACUGCGUAUGCAGGUUUCUAUGAAGUUGGUUUCCCUAAGAAAGGAGAUUAUGUUUUUAUCUCUUCAGCAUUUGGUGCUGUUGGUCAGCUUGUUGGUCAAUUAGCAAAAUUGUUGGGCUGUUAUGUUGUUGGAAGUGCUGGAAGUAAAUAUAAGGUUGACAUUUUGAAGAGCAAGUUUGGGUUUGAUGAGGCUUUUAAUUACAAGGAGGAACAAGACCUAGAUGCAACAUUGAAGAGGUACUUUCCUAAUGGGAUUGACAUAUAUUUUGACAAUGUUGGUGGAGACAUGCUUGAGGCAGCACUUGUUAACAUGAGACGGCUCGGUCGAAUUGUGGUGGCCGGAAUGAUCUCGCAGUAUGAACUUGAUGAGCCUCAAGGCAUUAAAAACUUGGUCAACAUUGUAUAUAAGCAGAUUAAAGUAGAUGCAUUCACAGUAUAUGAUUACUAUCAUUUAUAUCCAAAGUUUUUGGACACAAUGUUGCCUUAUGUUAGAGAAGGGAAGGUAACAUAUGUGGAAGAUAUAGCUAAUGGCAUUGAGAGUGGACCAGCUGCAUUAGAAGCAAUGUUCAUUGGCAAGAGCAGUGGCAAACAAGUGAUUAUACUUGCUAAUGAAUAA